CGCCGAAAGAGAGAAUGUCACGGCAAACGAGCGGCGGUAGAGGCAGAGGUUGGUUGAAUGUAUACAAAAGUAAUUCCGCUCCAAUUCAACCUGGAAUUGUUCCUGAACCUGUUAUAAACAAUGCAAAACCAGUGGACAAUACUAAAUUCGUGGAUGCCAGAGAAGAGUACAUGGAUCUAGCCAACAAAGUCAAAAAAUUGAAUGUUAAUGAUGAUGGAAUAUUGUUCAAUCAAAAGAUCAAAUACAUACUGGAAAAUUGGAAAGAAUGCUGCUCCAAUGGGGAAGAAGUCGAAAAAAGUUUUGAGUAUCUGUAUGAGGCAUGUUUACAAGAUAUAGAUUUGGCAUCAAAAACUGUACUUAUGAUCUCAUCCCGCACAUUUAUAUCACAAGAAGUACAUGAUCAGAACAUAAGGAUGAUGUUUCUAAGAAAAUUACAGGAAAUAUUUGAAGGUUGUCAUCAAUUACAAAAAUCAAACCCAAUAGCCUUUAGAAACAGUAUACAAAUUUUGGGUGAAUUUUACAAUAAAGCCAGACUCGCAAAUGGAGAACAAUUUACAUUCAUGGCAUCUCCCUUGGUUUCAUACCUUGACAUGCUCCUAGAAGCCACAAAUGUUGAUGAUUUAAAACUUUUUACCACACAGUUAUAUUUGAAUGGUUCAUCAAUUAAAAAUGAAAUUCCUGAAAAAAUUAUAGAAAUCAUAAUAAAAGUACGACAGCUUUUAAGUUCCGAUAAAAAAAUUGUAAGAGAUGGAAAACUUUGGCUCCUAUUGGCUUUAGAAGUUUCCAAUAACAGAUUCACAAUACUACCAGCCGAAGCACAUUCUUUUUAUCAGGAAAUGUUGGGGGAUGCUGCUAUGGCAACAUUACAAGGAACACAUGGGGCCCUAAGUGUACAAACCACUCAUGUUAGUAAAACAUUGGAUAGCUACCAGAGCAAUGUGAACGUGUUGCAAGUGUCGACGCCCCCCGAGACUCCUGUGGAAGAUCAAAUAAUAGCUCCCAUUGGCCAAAUGGAUUUAAACACAACAAACUACAGCACAAGUAGCGGUAUAAGCUCUGAUUCGAGUCAGAAUUCCUUCAACAGAAGGGAGCACAAGAACAAUAUGAACAAGCCUGGAGGGCGGCCUAUUUUGGGCGCCGGUGCCAGGUUUAACAAACACAAGGGAAGCGAGGAAGGAGGUAGUUGGCGGGAUCAAAACAAAGACGCUAGUGCUGGUGGUAAUUGGAACAACAAGCAAAAAGGGUGGAACGAUAAUAAAAAGGGAGGUAACAAUCCCCCCAAAACAGGCAAGGGUUGGGAGCAUGAUGAUAGAUUUGAAACUGACUAUAGUUAAAAAGUUUUUGAAGAAUUUAAUUGUGUUGUAUAUAAUGUCCUAGAAUUUUAUUUUAUUAAUUAUGGUUUUAUAAGAUAUUAGCG